AUUCAAUGAAGCCAGCUAAUAUAAGCUCGGAAUAGAAGAAUGGAAAGGUUGAUAUCCAGGUAGUCGUCGAUAUGGAUUUAUUGCACUAAAGCAUGUUGAGAUACCCUCAACCUACUAUCAUUCAUUGUUAGUAUACCCAGACUAUAACCCUGGCCAUUCAGAUAUGCACGACCCGUAUAUUACUUCACGAGCCUAUACCGCAAACGAUGGCCAUUAUAAAUAUAGCACACACCCCUACCUAACCAAUAGGCGGUCAGGUAUACUCUAACCCAAACACCUAAGGCAGCCACAGCAUAAUCGGCACACUGCCGCAAUCCUUCUCAGCCUCAGAGGAGGAGGGAACCUAAAUGAUACAACAACAUGCGUUGAUUUUUAUCUAUAGCCUUAGCUAGGAUAAUGUCGAAAUAUUUCUACGAUAUGGACAUCUUAUAACCAUAUUACUUGAGGCAUACCUAGGUAUUACUUAAAUAACUUGUAGAAAUUGUAGUGGGAAAUAUGGCGGACCCGCUCUCUAUGGUCGCCAGUGUCGCGGGGGUUAUCGCCCUCGCGGCAUCGACGGCGAGAACAGUUACUUCCAUGAUUCAAGAGAUCCAAGAUGCACCCGAAGAAAUACUUCAUAUUCGUCGCGACGUGCAGAACUUAUCCGCAGUGCUUGGGUCUAUCCAGGAAUUAUGCGGGAGAUAUGACUUACCCUCGGAGGAGCCUAAAUUGGUGGAGAGCAUGGCGGAGUGCCUCAGUUUAUGUCAGGAUAGCAUGCAGUCUAUUCGAGUGGUUUUAACACCACUGUCUGGAACUGCAAGUGGGAGGAGGAGCCCGAUGAGGAUGUUUGGUUGGAUUAUGAAGAAAGGUGAAAUCCGGACGUUGAGGGAGAGGCUGCAGGAGAGUAAGGCGAGCUUGAAUAUCACUAUAUCAACACUUAUCGGAGCUCUAGAAGGAAAAGGGCAGGAUGAAAUUAGGAGCGAUGUUAACAAUGUUUACCAAAAGCUUGUCUCCGAAAUUCGCAGUCGCGACAGUGGAAGGAGGCUUAAGAAACGAAUGGAAGACGAUGUGGCCAGUGUGUCGGCCUCUGGGGGACGACGUCGAUCUAUAUCCGACUCAACAGACGCCGGGUUUGCUUUGAACAGGUACUUCGAUCAAUUACCAGAACCAUCGCAAUCCCCCCAAAGCUAUCAAUCUGAGGAAGGCCUACUUCGCCCAUACUCAUCUACACCAACCAAUCUACUCGAAGCAGUUAGAGCGAGAGAUAAGGAUGGUGUGAUUCGUCUCAUCUCAAGUGGCAGUCCAACAACUGGAAGAACACAAGACGGACAAACGGCACUUCAUCUAUGUGCUAUAUAUAACGACUUGGAAAUGGCGCAAGUCCUGUUGGAUCAUGGUGCGAAUAUCAACGCGAGGGAUGAUCAUUUGCGCUCACCCCUGAGCGUUGCCCUUUCAUCGGAAGCAAUAAGCGUGGCUAGUCUUCUGGUUCAGAAAGGAUGCUCCCUUACAGGCUGCCUCGAAAUGAUAUUCCCCUUGACCCAAAGGCUAGAAGAGAUACCCGAUAUCGAGGAGCUCCUCAAAAGCAUAGCUCCCAAGUUCAACAAGUUGACCACAGGCCCAUAUCUAGUCCAUCAAGCAGUCGAAUUAAACGAUAGGCAAAGUCUAACUGCCCUCCUUUCCGCCGGCUUCGAUCCAAACAUAAGGAAUAAAUAUGGACUUCCUCCUUUAUACGAAGCAAUGUUGCUGCAGCAACAUCAAACUGUUCGAUUACUCUUAAAUCACGGGGCUAACCAGAACGAUUUCCUUCCUGGGGAGACACAAGAUAAACUCGACAAGGAUAUUCGCAUACACGCGAGACUUUCUGGUUGGAUAAGCGCGGAUGCUGGUAUUAUCCCUUUGGUAGUUGCCGGAAGGGUACUGAGGGAUGCCGAAAUGACACGCAUAUUGUUGGAAAGUGGUGCGGAUCCGAAUUUCUUGUUCCCGUCAAAUGGAGGUGUAACGCUCAGCGGCUUAGGCGACAUCGAGUAUCUCGAAUGCGCCAAGCUCAUAAUCGAGGCCGGUGCCGAUGUUCAUAUAGGAGGUAAAUCCGGAUUAGACCCUUUCUACUGGGCUAAUGCGUGUAGGAACCCGGAAUUGAUAGAAUUCAUGCUCAAUCAUGGAGCAGACGUCAAUCAUUCUUAUAACGACGAAAACCCGACGAUACUUUUCAGGGUCGCUAGAUGGGGUUACGAUGACUCUGCUGAGAUCUUAGUAAGAUACGGCGCUGACCUAACUGUGAGGAACUAUGAGAAGAAGAUGGCAUUGGAUAUUGCGCGCGAGUAUCAGCGGCAUGAAGUCGUCGCGAUCUUGGAGAAAGCAGGGGCUAAAUGAACCAACCGACGAAUUGAGGAGUUAGGUGGCCGAUCGAUUGAGAGGACCGCAUUGACUUAAGAACUUCGUCUAGAAUAAAGGGGGUGAAACGUGGUCCUUCUCUUCAAGAACUACCAACCGGCAAGAGUAUAAUUCGAGACGCAAAAGACAGACAGAAGAUAUGA